AUGAUUAGCUUAUAUAGCUACUAUCUAGAUAUAUCAUCAGAGAUUUACAAUGUCUUUUAUGUGCAGCUUCUCUAUCUAGCUGUUAUAGACUCUUUCUCUAGCCAGCAACAGUUAAAUUGGCAGUUACCAGAAAUUACCACCAAGAAAGAGAAGAACAUAAUGCCUAAAGAGCAGGAGAGAGAUAUUCUAGAAGAUUAG